CGGUGCCCGAAGUACCAGCCCGGCCCCAGCCCCGCGGCCGCUCACGUCGAGGAGCCCCGGGCACGGCAAACGCCGGUGCCAGCCCCCCAGGUGCGCCGCCAACACGAGCAGGGAAAGAGGGCGAGGACGAGGGCGGGCCGGGCAGGCUCCACAAAACCUUCCCAGCCCCGCCGCUCCUCCCUGCAGCGCACGGCGGGCUGCGGAGGCAGGGGGGGUCUCCGCCGCUCUCCCGUCCGUCCGUCCGUCCGCCCGCCCGCCCACCGGCCGUCCGGCCCCGGGCAGGCCUUGCAGUGGCCCCUGGGCACCUUCCCCAAAAUGUUUUGCCUUUGCUGACACUCUCGCUGAAGGAUGUCUCAUGUAAGUGAGAUGUGGUGUUAUCACUGGAAGUGGAAGAUGCAGCACUAUGUCUACUUGUUUACUAUGUAUACUAUAUGCAUGCAGCAAGCAGCUCAUGGAUGCUACAACUGUAGGACUGUAUUAACUGACCCCUCUGGAGUUUUCACUUCUCCAUGCUUCCCCAGUGAUUAUCCCAACAGCCAAGCAUGCAAAUGGAUCAUCCGAGCACCUCAUGGAUUCAUCAUACAGCUAACAUUUAUUGAUUUUGACAUUGAAGAAGCUCCAGGCUGCAUUUAUGAUUCACUGACAUUGGACAAUGGAGAGAUCCCAAUGAACCUCUGUGGAAUAACCGCCAAGGGAUUAUCAUAUAAUUCUACUGGAAAUGAAAUGAUUGUGUCCUUUAAAAGUGAUUUCAGUAUCCAAAAAAAAGGUUUUAAUGCCAGCUAUGUACGAAUUGCCGUGUCUCUGAGGAAUCAGAAGGUCAUCAUUCCCCAGGAUCCUGAUGUUGAUGCCGUGUCUGUGGCAGAGACAGUCUUGGUUCCAGAGCUUAGCCAGUUCACACUGUGCUUUGAAGCAACCAAGAGCAGCAGUGAUGACAAUGACGACUGGAAGAUCUUCUCCUACACAGAUGUGUCAUCGAAAGAGUUCUUCGGCUUCGGGAAGACCACAAAAGGCCAUUUUCUGUCCAUCUCAGGGACACAGUGCUUUCUUGAUAAUGCAUUGCCUCGAAAUGCAGAGUUUUUCACAGGAACCUUUGAACAGCUCUGUGUAGUAGGGGAUAGCUUCUCGGGCACAAUAGGUGUAUAUGCCAAAAGUACCUAUCAUAAUGUAUACUGUCCGGCUAUGUUUGGCAAAGUUAUCCCUGGAAAUGGUAGGCUGGUGCUGGGCUCUAACAGCAAUGAAGUGAGCUCUCUAAAUGGGGACAUUUACAACUUCCGCCUCUGGAAUUUCACCAUGAAUGCUCAAACACUGGCCAACCUCAGCUGCGAUGUGAAAGGAAACAUUGUAGACUGGGAAAAUGAAUUCUGGAGUAUUCCAACUUCAGCACUGAAAGCAGAAAACAAUUUGAGUUGUGGCUCAUACCUAAUUCCUUCUUCUACCAUUGAACCAACAAGUUGUGCAAACCUAGGAAGCCUUUGCCAAGCUACUGUAAAUGCUACUACUCCUACACCACCCACUGUCACCACUAACAUGCCUGAUACUAAUAGAACCGAUAAGCCAAACAAUGACCUGCAGGAAUUCAGACUUCCUGUUACAGUUAUCUUCAGAAUGAAGAGAAAUUCACCUGAUUCCUCCCAUUCACGACCACAAAGGCAGCAAGAGUCUAAGAUAGAAGGGAUCAAAACCAUAGGAAUUAUCUCUACCCCUAUUAUUUGGCCAGUAAAACAAAGACCUCUCCGUUUCAGUAAAAACUCAGCAGAUGAGGAUCCAGAGAGAAAAAACAUAUACGGCAUAUUUCGUCCAACUGUGUCAACAUCGGCUGCCUAUGAGGAGACCAGCAAUGGUACAUUGGCUGCUUUUUCAGAAAAAAUCAACCUAGAUAACACUGCGAUUCAUCAGUUACUAAAUGAAAAUAUUCUGAAUGAUUCUAGAAUUUCAUUUCAUGGCACUUAUAAUGCAGCAGGUGCUGUUACAGAUCCUUCUGUGAAUGCAGCAGUUCCUUUUCUUCAAAACAGAAGUCUUACUGCAGAGGCAACAUGGACUCUGGCAGAUGGGCUAGGUUAUGCUGACUCAGAGUCACCAUUCCACUCUGCUGUUAGCAGAAACACUGCUUAUGAACACGGAAAUGAAGCCCUGUGGAUUCCAUCUUCCAGCAAUGACAUGUCCAAUUUCAUACAUCUAAAUGAUGUCUUGGAGCCUGAGAGUUGGUGGAGUGAGACUAUAUUUCACCAUCAUAUCACCUCUGACUUUCAAGAAGAGAGAUUUCAUUCUCUUUCUAGCUUAUCUAUAUCACCUUUAAGGGAGACACUCUCAUUCCAAAAAAGUAGACUAGACUUGCUAGAUUUUUCACCGCACAAAGUUUACCCAGAUAUGAUAGAAGGCAACACUAACAGGAAACCUGUUUCCAUGUUAGCAGCAAGCAGUGAAUUUCAGUUUAGAAAAUCUAUGUACAUUAAGGAACAUUACUCAGGAGGUAUUACAAAUUUAAACUCUGUGGAGGCUCCACAUGCAAACCCAACAGCAUUUUUUCACAACAUGAAAAAAACAUAUACAAAAGCUAUGCCCAACAUACAGCUGACAAAUUCAAUCACAGGUUCCAGUAGAAAACAACUAGUGUCAGCACUUCUGGUAGGAAUAGGCAGGACAAACUCAGCAUUAAAUCAUGUUGAAACAACACGGCCUCUUUAUCAACAAUCGUUGACUGGUAUGUAUUCAGAAAGUGAUAGCAUAUUUUUGUCUAAUAGUGAUUACUGGUCUCAUUAUUUAAAAUAUUCAGUAUAUUUUCAAAAGAAGAUAAGUGAGACCCUCAGAAAUGGAGCACUGGAGAACAAUUUAGAUGCAUUUCAUAAUAACAAUCAAAAUGAAGAUUCAGAUUUUUCCAUAUUAGAGACAGAGAAUAUCAACAGAGUUGGCACCUCCUGGGAACCAGGUUACUUGGAUUUUCUGACAAAAUAUGUAGACAUAUCCCCUUCUUUAACAGCCAAUUUCUGGACUGUUUCCUAUCACUUGAAAGAAGUGCCUCAAGCAUUUUCUGGGGAGCCAUCAGAAAAUCAGUGGCUCUCAUUUAAUAAACUGCUUUCUUCCCCAACAGAGAAAUUGCCAUCCAUUAGUUCACCUACUAAGCCUGACAGUAUCUCUGAGGAUACUUUUACAAUUAGUUUAUUAGAUCAUGGAGCUGAAGAAAUUAACUUCUCUAGCCAUGCAUCAACUUUGGAAAGACAGAUAUUUAGUUUAUUUUUUCUGGGCCUUUCAAAGAGAAUUUCAGAAAGUAACGAGAAGAUGGUAUCACAGAUGCAGUCAGAAAUGAACUUUGCAAACCUAACCAUAUCUUCCAAUGAUGACUUUUACUUUGCUUUUCCUUUCUCUUCCCUCAAAGCACCUUUGAGUCAACACGUUGUACAGACAAGUCCCUUUGACAAAGCACUUGCAAACUCUACAAAAAAAUCAGUGGUCUUUGAUGGUUUAAACAUGCAAGUUGGAACUGACAUAGUAAGUGAUAGAACCAAUGUGACCUUCCUAAAUAAUAGACAGCAACUUGUUUCUGUCCUUCCAACACAUCCAGGAACCCAGCCUUCAUGUUCAAGGGGUAGCCAGACUGCUUCUUUGGUAAAUACAUCACUUAAUAGUUUCAUAAACAGUACAAGAACACAUGGAUCAUUGCAGUCUCAAGACAUUCUGAAGAGUGAUGCAGCAUCAAAUGCUGUUGAUAAUGCAAGAAGUGAAGUUCAAAUGGAUGCAGCUAUUUUUUUAAAAAGCAAUGAUUCAGUGAAUUCUGACUUCCUUACAACAGCACUGUCUUUGGAAUUGAGGCACACUUUUCAUUCAGAAUCAAAAUUCAAACUUGGUGUACCUCCUAACAGCUACUCCACACCUCCACUCCCACAAAGUUUUCAGAACCACCUUGAUAGCAUUUCUCCAAGCCUGAUCCCUGGAUGGGAUGUAGCGGAGUUAAGCUUACCAACAACACCAGUAACACCAAGUCAACUAACUUUCUUAGGACAAAACUUCCUUGAAAAUCAAGGGGAUGGUAUUGGAUACUCUCGAUGGGCAGUAGAACAAGAAAUCACUGGUGAUAAAGAAAAAAGAAAUUCUGCUGUUCAGACAUCAACUAAUAAAUCAAGGCUUUCAGAUCAGGAUUCAGAAAGGGAAGUAUAUGGAUCCUUUAGCAUGUACAGAGGAAGAAUGUCUUCUCUGAAUAUUGGUAGUACUCACCUCUUGGAUUUUGAAAAUGUUGAUUAUGGACACUUUGCAAAUUUCUCUUCUCUUCUGGCAUUAUCAAGAACUGCAAUAAUGAAUGAUACAAUGCUUUUGUCCUCUUCAUAUAGUGGAAUUAUUAUUCAGCAAAAAGAGACCAUCCUGAAGCAUACUCUAAUGACACCUGGAGCAGUAAUCCAUCACUCUUACAUGCAUUCUCAAAUGCCAAUUUCUCCUGUAAUGUACCAUCAAUCAUCAGGUUUGGCACAUAUUCAUUCCUUGACCAAUUUUUCAACUGGGAGAAGCCAAAAUACCACCCCUUACCCGCCACCGAAUCAACUUACUGGCAAUCCCACAGUCUUAUCUUGUUUAAACUCCACUGAAAUGGGCUGCCUAUGUCGACCUGAGGUCAACUACAGUAUGUCAAGUCAUUAAGUUAGAUGUAGA